AUGGUCUGGAGCGGGCACCUGGCCCUGGGGGCGCUGCGGGCCCCGGGACUGGGAACCUGGCCCGGCUGGCUGCGGGGGUCCGGGCCCACCGUGCUUCGCCGCCUGCGGGGCGCGGCAGUGGUGCGUCCUGGCUUCUUGAGCUCAGUGGAGGAGGAGACGCUGAGGCGGGAGCUGGAGCCCGAGCUACGGCGCCGGCGCUACGAGUACGAUCACUGGGACGCGGCUAUCCACGGCUUCCGAGAGACAGAGAAGUCCCACUGGUCAGAGGCAAGCCAGGCCAUUCUGCAGCGGGUUCGGGUGGCUGCCUUCCCCCCAGCUCUGGCCCAGCUUCCAAUGGUUCACGUCCUAGAUCUCCACCAAAAUGGCUACAUCAAGCCCCAUGUGGAUAGCAUCAAGUUCUGUGGCGGCAUCAUUGCAGGCCUCUCCUUGCUCUCCCCCAGUGUCAUGCGACUAAUUGACACUCAAGAUCCUCAAGAAUGGCUGGAGUUGCUACUGGAACCUGGGUCCCUCUAUAUCCUCAGGGGCCCUGCCCGAUAUGACUUCUCCCACCAGAUCCUUCGUGAUGAAGAGUCAUUCUUUGGGGAGCACCGGGUCCCACGGGGCCGACGAAUUUCUGUUAUUUGCCGUUCUUUCCCUGAGGGGGAACCAGGCCCUUCAUCUAGAUGACCUCAAGUUCUACAGUCACAGGCCCUCUCAGGGAGUCCAAUGGCUUGUGCCCAAAGUUUUAUAUAAAGUAUUUAUGAAUAAAAUUAGAGAAAUGGUA